AAAUCUGUAUUUUCGUCUCAUUCUCAUUCUCUUAGUUGUUUUGCCUUUCAAUUUUAUUUAGGUCACGGAUCGUCUCUUAGCAAUGAAUCUUCUUGGGAAGUGGAUUCUCUUUUGAAGGUCAAAUCCAUCUACAUAAGUUCUGCAAUAUUAGCUGCUAAAAGCCCUUUUUUCUACAAGCUUUUCUCAAAUGGCAUGCGUGAAUCUUAUCAGCGGCAUGCUACCUUGCGAAUUAAUGAGUCAGAGGAAGCUGCUCUUAUGGAACUGCUGAGUUUUAUGUACAGCGGGAAGUUGUCAAGUCUCUCAGCAACAGCUCUUCUAGAUGUUCUUUUGGCGGCUGAUAAAUUUGUGGUUGCUUCUUGCAUGAGGCACUGCAGUCUGAUGCUAAGAACAUUGCCAAUGACUACAGAUUCAGCACUCCUCUUUUUAGAACUCCCAUCCAGUGUUUCUGUGGCUUCUGCAGUUGAGCCACUUACAGAUGCUGCCGAAGAAUUUCUUGCCAAUAAAUAUAGGGAUAUAAGCAAGUUCCAGGAUGAAGUGAUGAAUCUACCCCUAGCCGGCAUUGAGGCAAUCCUGCUCAGAGAUGAACUCCAAGUAGCUUCAGAGGAUGCUGUUUAUGACUUUGUGCUAAAGUGGGCUCGAGCACACUACCCGAAACUGGAAGACAGGCGAGAAAUACUCAAAUCCAGUCUCGGACGCUUAAUCCGAUUCCCUUUAAUGACUUGUCGGAAGUUGAGAAAGGUGCUUGCAUGCAAUGAACUUGACCAUGAGACCGCCGCUAAAGUUGUCAUGGAUGCAUUGUUCUUCAAGUCCGAGACCCUGCACCGGCAACGUGCACUCGCCUUAGAAGAUUUCAUCAACCGACGGUUUGUUGAACGGGCUUACAAAUAUCGUCCAGUGAGGGUGGUCGAGUAG